AUGGAGUCCGAAGUCGGGUCCUGCUCUGGGGCCAGUGACGCCCGGAGGAGUGGAAGGGGCAUCCCGGCGCAGGAGGCAUAUUGCGGGAAAGGUGCACUGAGGGGCCGUGAUGACUGGCGGCUGGUCUUCCCCCAAGAGGAUGACUCAGAGGCUGCUGGGGGCUUCACAGGGCCGAGAGGGGGCUUCCAGGGGCCCUUAGCCCGCAGGCCAGGCCUCAGCGGGGGCACAGCUGUUGCAAGGGGCACCAAGUUGCCGGCGCACACGCGCGCACACGCGCACACCCGCUCCCCGGCUACAUCCAGGAAACCAGGGAGUUCCUUCGAAGGUCCGCCGAUCGCAGCUGAGCUCCAGCUGAACCACACAGGUCUGCAACAGGACCCCAGGCUGCGCUGGCAGGCAGGCCCAGCACUGGGGCGCUCCUUCCUGCAUGGACUGGAGCUGAACAACGGGCAGCUGCGUGUCCUGCAAGAUGGCAUCUACCGGCUGCACAUCCAAGUGACACUAGCCAACUGCUCCUCUCCACAGAGGACCAGGUCCCAACAGGCCACACUAGCCAUCAGCGUCUGUGGCCCGGCCACUCACCAGACCACCCUGCUGCGUCUCAGUUUCUACUCUGACUGUACAGUGGCUUCCCAGCGCCUGACACGCCUGGCCGCAGGGGACACCUUGUGCACUGACCUCACUGGGCCCCUGCAGGCCUCCCCAAACACUGAUGAGACUUUCUUCGGGAUUGAGCGGGUUCACCCCUGA